UGACAGUGGGUUUCCUGAGUUUUGAGCCUUCAAAAUCGCCACGAAAGAGAGAGAGAGAGAGAGAGAGGUGGGGAGGGAGAGAGAGGUAAUCUGCGAGGAGGACUGUGACACCGUCGCUUCGCUUUUCCUUUUCUUCUUCUCUUAUAAAACUGAUAGAAGCGAGAGAAGCAACGCUAAAGGCUAAGGCUUUUCGUACUUGAAGUUAAUUGAGAAAAUAAAUUCAUUGUUUACUGAAGAAAUUCCAUAUUAUUCACGCAAUCAAACCCUUCUAUCUCUAUUCUCCCUUCGCCCUUUCAGCAAGUCUUCUUGUAUCACAGCUUCGAUCCUACGGCCCCAUCCUCCAAUUCUUCUGAUUCUCGGUGUUCUGUGGGCACGAUUGUUGUCUGGGUUUCUGGAAGAACUGUUAAAUUCCUUCUCUUUUGCGGUCAUUCGCUUCAUCGGCCAUCAACUCCGGUGGGCUCCUGGCCCCUGGUGCAUUGGAGUUUCCAGAAGCAAGGCCGUGACAUCUGAAGUGAUCUUGGUUCAACUAGUUCAGUUUAUGCAUAUGCUAAACAGAAUUAGCACUAUGAUUUAAACCAUUCAUUGGGGAAUGGACUGGUUGUAUUCUCUGGCUGUCAGCAUUUGUAAAUAAUGUUAAGUGGGGAAAAGGGUGCUAAUGCCCUCAACAUAUUUAAGUGGAAAUGGCGUGGUGAAUCAUCUUUGGCAACUGGGUUGCUUGAUGACGUGCAUCAUGAAAUUGAAUUGUCUGACUACCGGAGAGCACCAAGUCCUGGUAGUGAAAGUCCUUCUGGACUUCUUAAUGGAGAGAGUGUGAAUGUGGAACCAAUAGCUGAUUUGGACCUUUUCUUUGAGAGGCUUUACAGCUACUACUGUGAGAAAGGUCUUUGGUGCAUUAUCAUAAAGUGGAUAUUUGAGCUAUUCAGCCUAGCCUUUACCAUAUGUUUCUCUGGAUUUUUCUUAUUAUAUGUUGAUUGGAAUGGACUUGGCAAUGCAAAAUGUGGGAUGGAUGCAGUUGAAUCUGGAAUUAAGCCCUGUGAUCUCGCUAAGGAAGCUCUUCAUGAGCACCCAUUAACCCCUUUCACACUUCCAAAAGCUAUUAUUGUUGGAUAUUUGGGAAUAUUUUCCAUCUACUGGAUCUUCUGUUUCUUGAGGUUUUUUGCACAGCUGAGGGACACUUUAAAAAUCCGUGAGUUCUACCACAAUAGUCUCUGUGUGACGGAUAAUGAAAUACAGACCAUGCCAUGGGCUUCCAUUCUUGACAAGGUAGUUAAGUUGCAAAUUUCGCAACAACUAUGUGUAGUCAAGGAUCUUUCUGCUCAUGAUGUGGUGAUGCGAUUGAUGCGAAAGGAGAAUUACUUGAUUGGAAUGUUGAAUAAAGGGGUCCUUGCUUUUCCAAUAUCUUCGUGGGUCCCAGGUGCUGGCCCUACUGUCAAAUAUGGCCCAAAUGAUAUAAGAUAUCGCCUAAUACUACCGAAGACCCUUGAAUGGACUUUAAAUUGGUGCAUACUGCAGAGUAUGUUUGAUAGAAACUUUUGCGUUCGAAGGGAGUUUGUUUCGGAUCCUAAAACAUUAAAGAAGAGGCUUAUGAUAGUUGGGCUUGCAAUGCUUGUUCUUUCACCAUUCCUCGUCAUAUUUAUGCUGGUAUAUCUCUUCCUGAGGCAUGCUGAACAGUUCUAUAAUCAUCCCAGCACAGCAUCUUCUCGAAGAUGGUCAAAUCUCUCUAAGUGGACAUUUAGGGAAUUUAAUGAGGUUGACCAUUUGUUCAAGCACCGAGUCAACAGCAGUGUCUUUCAUGCUUCUGACUAUCUAAAGCAAUUCCCCUCUCCUAUUAUAACCAUCGUUGCAAAAUUUAUCUCCUUUGUUUCUGGUGGCUUUGCUGCUAUUUUAAUCAUCAUUGCAUUUCUGGAAGAAUCUCUGCUGGAAGGCCAUAUAUUUGGCCGCAAUUUGUUCUGGUAUGCUGCUGUUUUUGGAACUAUAACAGCUAUUAGCAGGGCUGCAGUGACAGAUGAACUUCUAGUUCUUGAUCCACAGGGAGCUAUGUCUCUAGUAGUCCGGCAUACGCACUACAUGCCGAAGAGAUGGCGUGGGGAAGAAAAUUCGGAGACCGUCCGGAUGGAGUUUGAAACUCUAUUUCAGUACACUGGAAUGAUGUUGCUGGAGGAGAUGGCCUCAAUCUUUCUCACUCCAUACUUGCUCAUAUUUGUCGUACCAAAGCGAGUGGAUGACAUUCUGCAAUUCAUUGCUGAUUUCACAGUAAAUGUCGAAGGUGUUGGUCAUGUAUGCAGCUUUAGUGUCUUUGACUUCCAAAAUCAUGGAAAUAGCAAUUAUGGCUCUCCUUACAAUUUGCCAAGCAUUCAUAGGAGUUCCCAGGGAAAGAUGGAGAAAUCAUUCUUGAGCUUUCACUGUGACUAUCCUACAUGGGAGCCGAAUGGUGAGGGGAAACAAUUUCUCUUAACCCUUAAAAAGUUCAGGGACCAAAUGUUGCAAGGACAUGGAGUAGGGCAUGCAAAUCCAUCCCCCAAAAUGCAGAUGUGGAACCCGAGUUUCAGAGGCCUAGGCGAUAGAAACAGCUUCCGGUCAAGGGAAAUACCUCAGAACAGCCCAUUGGCCGGCUAUCAGCUAGGUUCAGAGUGGAUAAUUGAUGCAGAUCAGAGGAACUACCCAUACAUUCUUGAUUGGUAUUAUACCUCGCGACCUCAUCACGCAGCUGAUGAUGAUUCAAGAGAUCUUCCCCCUUCACCUUUCCAUGUUGCUGGGGAAGGGUCAAGAGAAAUUUUGAGGCUACCACCCCUCUUGCCCCCAAAUGUAGCAACAUAUGAACAACACUGGAGCCAGCUUUUCAAUGAUCGAUCACAGAGCAAUCUGGAAGCCUCUACAUCUGCUCCCCUUUUCGGGGAGAGUAUACUGCAUCAUGACGAGUCGAGUAACAUGGCUGGCCGCACUACUACUAGCAGCCACUGGUGGGCUAGGAGUCGGCCGCAGGGUGGAGACCUGCAGACAAGUUUUCUGGAGCCUCCAACCUUCAACCACAAUGCAGCUGAUAACUAUCAUGACAACUCCUCCGAUAGAAGCUUAGAGGACGAGGAGAAACAGUUCGACUGGAGGAGCUCGUACAGGUCUCAUGCGUAUAACAUGGAUGGCCUGGAUGGGGCAGAACUCGAUCUACCUUUCGACAUAUACAGCAAGCCUCCAGACAGCCCCCCUGCCAGGCUUGAUCCGCCAAGCUUUGUGUGAUCAAGUUGUUUGCUUCUCUGUUCUAUAUAUCCCAAUUCCAUCGCCUCAAGCUUAUUCUGAAGACCAUAUCAAUGGGUUUUGGAUAUUAGACUAUGGAUUUCAUUCAUCUUCCCUACUCUCCUCCCAUAAGAAGGAAUCUCCUCAUUCAUUCAUGUAUAUAUAAUUUAUACUGAGGUUAGAUUGUGAACAGCACAACGCUUUGAUCACCAGACUCGCAAAGCCUUUGAAUUGUACCGUACAGAACUGAGCCAUUUGAUCUGUGCCAUCUAGAAUUUCAUACAAAUGAAAAUAUUGUACAUGUAAAAUCUGCUUCAUUAUCCACCUUUACAUCAAGGGUUAUAAAAAAAAUGCCAUUUUAAUGUGGGCAUGUGUACCUU